UACUUGCUUUUGUCUUUUACCCUCCUCCUCUCUUCCUGUUUUCCCAAAAACUCAGUUUAUCACCUCUUCUCUCUCAUUUCAAAUCUAGGGUUUUCAUUUUUUCUUUCACUUUUCCUGUUUGGUGUGCCUUAAGCACAGGUUUUUCUUACUUUUUUCACUCUAAAUUACUAUUUUGGUGGGGUUUUAGAACUAGAAAUUCUAGGCAUUAUUUAAAGUAAAGCUUAAAUGUAUGAUCUUUGGAAGUUCUGUUGGUUCAAAAUUCAAUCUUUAUGUUUUUUCAAGAUUUCAUUUUUUACUAGUUUUUAGCUUCUUCAUGAACUUCCUGGAAAACCCAUCUUAAACCCUUCUGAGGAGUAUAAGAAAAAUCUUAUCUUUUUCAUGGUUUAAUUAGAUUCUGUUGUUGGGUUUUGUGUUUUUUGCUUGUACUUUGUGUUCCAUUUUGAAUUGGUUGAUUGAACUACAAAAUUUUCCCACCUUUUUAGUUAGUAAAUAGAAGGAUCCAGACUCAGUUUUUUUCUCUUCUGGAGUUUAAAUUUUAGUGAGUAAAUGCAUGGAUAUAAGGGAAGGGAUGGCACUAUCUGGUUCUGCAGCUUACUAUCUUAACAGAGGGAUUAGUGGUUCUGGUUCUAGUGUGGGUAGUGGGUCUGGGACAACUACAGGGGUACCUACACCAUCUGGUUACAAGUCCCUUACAAAUGCUAACAUUGCGGCUCAAUCCAAUAUGGGGAGUGGUAGUGGUAAUGUGAACUCAGGAUACCAAGUUGAGAACUCAUCAUCCAAUUUUGGUCAUGGGGUUAGCAUUAGUAUGGCCUCUAGUGUUUCACCUGGUAGUGAUCCAGUGAAAAAGAAGAGAGGUAGGCCUAGGAAAUAUGGUCCUGAUGGGACCAACAUGUCUUUAGCAUUGUCCCCUUUGUCUAGUAACCUUCCAAGUGGGUCCAUUACUCCCGGGCCAAAGCGUAUCAGGGGCCGGCCUCCCGGAAGUGGGUGGAAGCAACAAUUAGCUUCUGUUGGUGAAUGGAUGAGUAGUUCUGCUGGACUGGCUUUUACUCCUCAUGUUAUACACAUUGGUGUAGGAGAGGAUGUUGCGGAAAAAUUGUUGGCAUUUGCACAGCAGAGGCCUAGGGCUUUAUGUAUCUUAUCUGCUAAUGGCGCAGUUUCAGCUAUAACGUUAUGCCCCCCUGCCAGUUCUGGUGCCACUGUUACUUAUGAGGGCCGUUUCGAGAUACUAUGCCUGUCUGGUUCUUACUUGGUUGCUGAAACUGGUGGCCCACGCAAUCGCACUGGUGGUAUAAGUAUCUCAGUUUGUAGUCCUGAUGGCCAUGUAAUUGGAGGUGCUAUAGGGGGUAGGCUUGUAGCAGCCAGGCCUGUUCAGGUAGUCGUAUGCAGCUUUGUCUAUGAUCCAAAGGGAAAGAGCAAACCAGAAAGUAGCACUAAAGACAAGAAAGAGUCUGCUGAAAAGUCAUCUACACCAAUUGGUGCCACUCUGAAUGAAGGUCCUACUUCAGGGUCUGGUUCAGGUGUUUGGCCUCCAAGUUCCCGACCAGAUGUAAGAAAUUCCCAGACCGAGAUUGACCUGACGCGAGGAUGACACAAUUUGCUGCAAUGCACACAUGAGGAGUUUGUAUAUAUGUGCUAUUGUAAAUGAAAUGUGCCAGGGGAUCAAGCUCAACUAUUUUAACUGUCUGCUGAUUAGUAGAUGAUGGAUUAUGCCAACUUAGUAACAAAAUUCUUCCUUUAGGUACUGUUUAGUGGCAAGGUAGAGGAUGGUAUGGUUGUUAGAAGUAAAAUGCAUUAUUGCUUCUUUAGAAGGUUAACUUUGUUGGACCAAAUUAAAUCAGGAAAAGUGGUGGAAGUGCUUUUUGUCUCUUUUUUUAUUGUUACUUGGAAUUUUUUUAGGUUUUUGGAACAAAUAAACAGUCCAAACAUGAGUCUUUUUUGUCUCCA